AUGGCUCCUCUGCUAGCCCUUCCGCAGUCUCUCGAUCCACCAGAGCUCGCAAACAUAUUACCCUUCCAGCACACAUCUUCACGAGACCACGACCGCGACGGCCCAGCGCCACUGUUCGAAUACCGAACCUCCCUCCAGCUACGCCAGGAGCAAGCCGACGCCUUCUACCGCACGCAGCACAAUCGCUCGAGAGCAUCAAGUUCGACUGGCAGCGUCGCGAACAGCCUUCGCCGUACGCCCAACUUCGAGCGCGCCAGAUCAGUCGAUCCGAGCCAACAGCAGCGCGUUCGCUUCGAGACACCUCGCCCUCACUCAACCCCCUACGCUGAGCCUCAUUCCGCUCUUCGCAUCAGUCGACGUACUGCUUCGGCAAUACGCUUCGUGCUCGAAGAGGGACUCCGACUUCCACAUCCUUUCACACCGGAUCUGGUCGAAGAGAACGCCCUCAUGUCCGAUCUGUCGAGUGGCCGCGCUGCCAACGGCGGGGCCCGUACAACUGGCGGUCCCGUGCCUGUCGAUCGGUCCAACAUACGUACGCCAACGCAGAUCAUGAAUGCUAGACGACAACGGGCUGAAGUGGAGGAACAAAGGAAGGCCGCCGAGGAGGAGCGCAGGCGAGCCAGCGCAGAAAGAAGAGCUCAAGCUGUUUCUGGUGUAGCUGGAACACCAACAACUGAGCCUGGGACCCAGAGGCAGCCCCAAUCAGCCCCUCUAAGAUCUGGCGACCAAUACGUACAAUACCCGACCUCCUCGGGCGGAGUGCCGCGUCAACCAGAGAGGCCAAUCCCAUCACAAAAUACCAUGAACGAAGCACAAGAGACCACAACAGGCGCAUCGCAAUCGAGACCUCGAGCAGCCUCACAAACACCGUCUCGACCCACUCAGGCGAAUCUAGGUCUGCCAACGACAGCAGAACAAAGCAGAAGACCAGCUGGCUCAGGCCACGCCAGGCGACCUUCCGGCGCCACAGCUUCAUCACAAGCAGGCCCCUCAACUGCUGCAGCACGUCCACCGCCUCCGCCGGGUUCGUCCACUGGACAAGCUCGGGAGUCAACAACAUCCAACUUUCCACAUGCGUUCGAGCGCUGGGAAACCCUAUCUUCACAUUGGGAGGGCCUUACCUCUUACUGGAUACGGCGACUUGAGCAAAACACCGAUGAAGUCCGCAGAGAGCCACUGGCACAGCAAAUGUCACGGCAAAUCACUGAUCUUUCGGCAGCUGGUGCUAACCUCUUCCAUGCUGUCGUCGAGCUUCAACGCUUGCGCGCAUCUUCCGAACGAAAAUUUCAGAGAUGGUUCUACGAACAUCGCCAGGACCAGGAGAGGGCCCAGGAGCGCGAAGCGCAAUUAACUGAACAAAUGAACUCAGAGCGCGAGCUUCGCCUUGAGGCUGAAGCGAACAUGGAGCGCAUGGCCACUGAGAAGAAGAAUGCUGAACGAGCUGUGUCUGAGAUGAAGCGUGAGCUACAAAUCUCGAAAGAAGAAGCACGCCGAGCAUGGGAAGAGCUUGGAAGGCGAGAACAGGAAGAGCGCGAUCGCACAUUCUCGUUGAGGGAAGGCCAGCCUACAUUGGUUGGCGGAGUGCAGGUGGUGCCGAUGGCGCAGAACAUGGGACGUCAAGGCAGGGGACAUGGAGAUGAUACUUAUGCUGGUGCACAGAGUAGUGGCGAGGGCAUCGAACAACACUACUCGUACGAGGAAGGUCAAUCACCGACCGACACCGAUCCCUUCACUGAGAGCGCCCGCCAUGGGCGCCGGGAACCUGAGCAGCCUGCGCACGUAGCUCAAGGAACGUAUAUUCCUUCGGGCGCAGCAUCGACUGCAUCAUCUCGGCCUGGUGGCUCUUCGGUUGCGGACGAAUCGCUAGCUCCUGCUCCCCUACAAUACCCAUAUUAUACAUCUCAAGCACAGCAGGGGUCUACACAGCCGGCCAUGUCCCAGCCAGAAGCCUUUUACCAACAACCUGCCUCCUAUCUACACCAGGAGUCCGAAUCCGGUCUUCCGGAUGACGAGCAGUCGUACGUCACUUCUCAGGCGGAGUCAGAAGCCGACAUCGAGUACGCCCUGGAUGAGAGAGGGAACUUUAUACGCGAUGAUUCGGGUCGCCGUAUCCCGUUCCGAUCUCUUCAAUCUCCAGUAUCAGACGAGUACGAUGUAGAAGACGCACGCCGACGUGAGCUCGAGCAUCUCCAGCACUAUGGUACAACUGCCACUUCUCAGGGCGGAUAUGCAACCAGUUCAGGCGCGGGGUCUUCUCAACAGCCCGCUGGUGGCCGACCCGACUACAGCGGCGAUGGCUACGGCGACGAGUGGGUAGGUAUGAGACAUCACCAUCCUACUAGAUUGAGCGACGUGCCUGAGGAAGAUGAGAGGAGCCGGACAUCGCCCAGCAGAGCAAGCCAGGCCAGCCGAGGACGCCUGUAUUAG